AUGGGAGAUUUCGGAGAAGAUUCUGAUGACAGUGAUGGAGAAGGAGGUAUGGGAAACGUUAGCAGAAUUAUAAUGCGGCCACCAGGACACAGUGGAAAAGCUAAAAAAGGUCAUCUAUGUUUCGAUGCUUCCUUUGAAACUGGUAAUUUGGGAAGAGUUGAUCUGAUAAACGAGCAAAGAAUUCCUAAGCAGUACGUAUUUUAUCAUAAGUCAGCUCUGCAUCAUGGCCACUAUGUACUUAGCUUCUCUUUUGGUUUCGACAAAGAGGAAGAUGUCUUCCAUUUUUGUUUAGCACCUCCAUACAGCUAUACUAAAUUACAAACGUUCCUUAGCAUUUUGGACAAGAAAGCGGCAUAUCUGGCAGGAAAUUUUAAUAGGGAACUUCUGGAAAAUAGUGUGCAAAAAAGACGUUUGGAUUUAAUAACAAUAGGAUCGCUAGAUAGAAAUGAUUCAAAAGCUAAAAGAAGAGUCAUCGCUAUUAUGGCUAGGGUGCAUCCAGGGGAAUCUCCUUCGAGUUUUGUUUGUCAAGGUUUAUUAGAAUUACUCAUAAGCUCGAAUUCCAUAGCAACGACUCUCAGGGAACAUGUGAUAUUCAAAGUUAUUCCAAUGAUGAAUCCGGACGGAGUGUUUUUGGGGAACUACAGAAGUACAGUGCUAGGUGCUGAUUUAAAUCGAUCUUGGAAUGUUGCUAAUGAGUGGUGCCAUCCUACAAUAAGAGCUGUGAUUGACAUGUUAGUGAGAAUAGAUAAAAAUAAAGAAUUUCAGUUAGAUUUUGUAGUAGAUAUUCAUGCCCAUUCAAGUCUUAAAGGAAGCUUUAUAUACGGAAAUAGUUAUGAAGAUGUUUAUAGGUAUGAGAGGCACAUUUUAUUUCCAAAACUUCUGGCCAAUACAUUCGAUGAUUAUGUACCUGAAAACACUAUGUUCAAUUCCGAUAUUAACAAACUCGGAACGGCUAGAAGAUAUCUGUGUUCCAUUCUAAAUGAUAAAGCAAACUGUUAUACAUUCGAAGUUUCUAUUUAUGGUUGGACUCCGAAAGGCUCAGAGAUUGUAAUUCCUUAUACAGAAGAUAACUAUAUGAAAUGUGGUCGAAAUUUGGUAAAGACUUUUCUAGAAUACUACCAAAAUACAGGUGCAAUUCCAAUUCUAAUGGGUUCCGAAAUAAUUCAGAAAGGGCGAAAACCUAGGAUGAUAGAUAUUAGAAGGAGAAACAAAAGAAGACAACGGCCUUUAACCAGCCGAACAUUGGCGGCCUUGCAUUUUAAAAACCUAAAUAUUUGCGAUUAUGAUACAUCGUUUGAUGAUUUAACUUUUAGUCACAGAAACCAGAGCCCGCAGAGGACAACAUUUGAAAGGCUUGCAGAACAGUUGAAUUCUCGUGGAGACAGUCAAUUUGGACCAAAGUACCGCAAUACUCCCGUUUCUCCUACUAUUUAUGUUGAUCCUGAACCUACUUUAUCCAUUAUUGAUUUUAAUCUUAUUAUAAGAGAUGAUAUUAAUGCAUAUAAUCAAAAUAAAAUGAAACAAUAUAAACCUAAUGUAACUUAA